CUGUGAUGUGCCUAAGAGUUUGGGACAGGGGCUUCAGAUAAAGCAAACACUGGGGGAGAUUAAAUAUGCUACAGGGAGACAGACAAAGAAACUUACUAGCACAUUUCUGAAGGGUGGAUAGAUGGAUGUAUGAUAGAUAGAUAGGUAGAUAGAUAGGUAGAUAGAUAAAGAUAGAGCGGUAUGAAAGAAAGAGACUACAUAUGUUAAGUACCAUCCAGAACUAAGCAGGAAAGGGAACAAAGGAGGGUCUCAUCUAUUGUGAAGGAGCAGGCACAGAUCAGGUUCUGCACUUGUUCUGUGGACGUGGUGUGGCUGAUAUGUCACGCAGAAAACAGAGGAAACCUCAGCAGCUCAUCUCUGACUGUGACAACUCGACCUCUUCAGAGAAUGGGGACACAGGAGAAGAAGUUCAAGUAUGCAGGAAAUGUUGUGCCCAGUUUGAUGAACCUUCGGAUUAUGCCAGGCACAGGGAAUGCUGCCCACUUAACAACCAUGUAGUAGUAAUUGUAGAGAAUCAAGGGGAAUCCAAUAGGAAAAACCAACAAACCAACAUAACUGAGGAGUCUUCUUCACAACCUAGCUCUCCAAAAAGUGUUGGGUCUGGAAAACAAACAGUGAUGACUGAACAAGAUGAAAGAUUAGUAUGUACUCAAAUGAUGGACUGUAUGAAACCAGAAAUGGACAAAAAAGGUGUUGGCCCAUCUCAGCGAUUUCUCAUUCCUAAUGGAGGUCUGAUCAUGGAAGGUCUUUUGGGGCCAAAAGCAGGUCUAGCACCUAUGAGUCAGGAGGCUGUUCCUGGAGGUCAGACUGCUGCAGCUCCCAUUAACAUUCCUAUGAUCUUGGAAGAAUUAAGAGUUCUACAGCAGAGACAGAUACACCAAAUGCAAAUAACAGAGCAAAUAUGCCAACAGGUACUCAUGCUUGGAUCUCUUUCCACUCCACCAACAUCUCCACCGGAAAAAAACACAACUACAAAAUCGUUACCUAUUUUUAGUCCAACUAAGCAAUCUGAAUCUGUGCCUGACUCAACAAAAAUAUUUUGCAGAGAUGAAACAUUUAAACAGUCCUUCCUUCAUCUCUACAAUCCAAUAGGACAGUCAUUUGGAGCAAGGAGUAUUGCCAACUUGAAAGACAAAUUCAUGGAUGGGUUUUGUGAUAAACCUGCUGCAGGGCAGGCAACUAUUCCGAACUCCUCGCCAAGCCAACUCAUUACACCACAUGCAAUUUUUCCUCCAGGUUUACCAAAUUUACCUACUGGAUUAUUUUUAGGUGCACGAGUACUGGAGAAUGCCCCAAGCCUUUUAAAACAGAAAAACAAUGAAUCUCUACGUGGUGAAAGCCAACAAGAAAGAACAUCAGGAAAACACAAGUGUCGUUUUUGUGCAAAGGUUUUCGGUAGUGACAGUGCCCUUCAAAUUCACCUACGGUCCCAUACUGGUGAAAGACCAUACAAAUGCAACAUAUGUGGAAACCGUUUUACUACUAGAGGCAAUCUGAAAGUACAUUUCCAUCGGCAUAAGGAAAAGUACCCUCACAUACAAAUGAAUCCACAUCCAGUUCCUGAGCAUUUAGAUUAUGUUUUGACCAGUAAUGGACUCCCAUAUGGCAUGUCAGUACCUCCAGAGAAAAUGGAAGAGGAGACAAUCGAAAAGAAGCCAGUAAUACCUCCAAUAAUGACCACUGAUGGCUUAAAUCUGUUUUCCAGCUCAGGUACUCAAGGAAUGCCUCCAGUAAACAAACUGGUACUUAUGAAAUCUGGAGAUGUUUCUUCUGCACUUAAGGGUCCCAGUGCUUGUCCAAAGGUAAAGUCUGAUGAAAACACACCUCCAGCAGAAAGAACAGUCACUGGAGGAACCAACACCGCUGGAAGGAUGCAAAUUAGCAAGUUGGUUACCUCUCUUCCUAGUUGGGCAUUGCUUGCAAGCCAUUUUAAGUCUGGAAACUUUCCUUUUUCAUGUGCUGUAGAUUCAUUGGGAUACUCAGAGACUUCAAAAUUGCAACAACUGGUAGAAAAAAUUGAUAAACAAGUAACAACACCAAAUCAGUGUGUCAUCUGUUUAAGAGUAUUAAGCUGUCCCAGAGCUCUAAGACUCCAUUACAAUCAACAUGGAGGGGAGAGGCCAUUUAAAUGUAAGAUAUGUGGCCGAGCUUUCUCAACUAAGGGGAAUUUAAAAGCCCACUAUGUAGGUCAUAAAUCAAGUUUAUCUUCAAAACUUCAAAAUUCAUGUCCAAUUUGCCAGAAAAAGUUUACUAAUGCAGUCACUCUCCAACAACAUAUACGGAUGCAUCUAGAUGGGCAGAUUCCUAAUGGAGACACUGCCCAUGGGGAUAAUAACAAAGCAGAAUCAAUAGAAGACAAGAGUAUGCCAGAAUUUUCAGAUGAAAUGAGUACCGACGAAGACUCAUUGGAUGCUAGUGAAUCAGAAAGUGAGAAAGCUGCAUUAGGAGAAUCAGAAAUAUCAAGUAUGGAUGAUGAUGCUACAGCCUCUGUUAUGCCUAAGAAUGAGACAUCCACCAAUAACAGUGCUGAAACCGUUACUGAGUCAGAGCAAAGCACAGCUCCAGAACCAGGUUCUCAAGAAAAUAAGGAACCAGCUUGUGAAGAGCUAAAAAAUGAUUUAGAAAAAGAAAUUGAAGUGGAAAAAACAGUAGAAGAGGCGAAUGAGAAGUCUGAAGCUGUUAAAAGCAGCAAUGAAGAGAAACAAAAUUCGGAGGCAGAUACCAGUGAUAUAUCAGAGCAAAGUCCAAAAAAGGAUGACAUGCAUGUAUGUAUUAUUUGUUCAGAAAAACUGUCCAGCAAGGAGUCACUGGAGGACCAUAUGAAAAGCCACACCAAAGAUGGGCUGUUCCAUUGCUUAGUUUGCAAGCAGAGCUUCCUGGAGACAUCCAUACUGACGAAGCAUAUGCUCCAAGCACACCAGGUGAGCCAAAACUUCUCUCCUCAGCCAAUCUGCAGCCCCAAACACCCAAGUGCAGAUUUGCCAACUCCAGCCCAAACAUUUCUGGUGAGCGCAGUGAAGAGUGAAGUAUUAAGCCCAACCCAGACACUGGCAUUGGUCCAGCUUCCACGGCUGACGGUGCCCUCUUCCCUGUCCCCUCCUUUGAGACGCAGCCCUAAGCAGCAUCUGUGCAUAGUAUGUAAGAAGACGUUCUCCUCGGCCAGUGCAUUGCAGAUACAUGAGAGGAUACAUACAGGAGAGAAGCCUUUUUCCUGCAAUAUGUGUGGAAGGGCGUUCACCACACGGGGGAACCUAAAGGUCCAUAUGAGUACACAUGUAUGGAAUGGUAGCUCUUCUAGAAGAGGAAGGCGUCUCUCUCUGGAUAAUCUUGGUCCCUUGCUCUCAAAAACCCCAGUGAAGCUGCAAGACUUCUUGUCCAGAGAUAUUCCUACACAACUGGUUGGCGUUAGUCCAUUAUCAUUCUGGAACCAAUAUACCGCAUAUCUUACCAGUGGCCCUCCAUCAUCAAACGGCAGCAUUACCUCUCCAACCGCUGUCAUCACACCACCAGCUUUAAUUGGUUUGCGAGCAGCUAAAAUUGGGCACAUUCCUGCUGGAGGGCUUCUUGAAGCAAAAGAAAAAAAUCCAGCUGGUACAGAGGUUCUAUAUGAGAGCUCAGGAAAAGAAGAGAAAUAGAAGGCUGAUGUCAAAAUAAUGGUGUAGGACUGUUAUAUAUAUAUAUAUAUAUAUAUAUAUAUAUAUAUAUAUAUAUAUAUAUAUAUAUAUAUAUAGAUCCUACAUAAUGAUGGGCUUUAAUACAAUACAGUUUUGAAAAAAACAAAUUCCUAAAUUUUAGACCACAAAAACACAAAUACUUAGGUGAUUGAAAAGAGACUGAGAAUCGAAAACCAGGUAUUGAACUAGAACCAUCUUUCAACUUUCAAGGACAUUGAAGGAUGAAAUAAAUGGAAAGUCCAAGUAUUGAAGACGAAAAAUAAAUAUGUAAAACUACCCACUGGGGAACCACAAGGCAUGAAAUAUUCCACUGGAACUCCAAACCCAUAAACAGACUGGUCUACAAAGACCAGUAAAACUUACCUAAUGAUCUGUGCAAAGUUAUCCAUUUCAUAGAUAGUAGAAAUUGCCAUAGCUUUCCUGUUACGCACUCUACAAGAUGUCUGAGAGUGCCUUCUACAAGUAUGAUUGAUAAAAUAUUUUCUGAAAUGACAGUAAAAGUAAAAGCAGGACCUGGCAGCCUGAGGAGGCCCAAAAGGUUCCGCCUCCCCAUAUGAGGAAACAAGUACUUUCAAUGAUGCAUCAUAGUUUGUGCCCAUGUUGAUCAUUUGGAUUUGUGCCCAAAAGGUCAAGCUGCUCCUCUGUGCAUACUUGCCUGAUAAUACCAAUGCCAUAAUGGAAGCUAAUCUGCCAUCCCUAGCCAGGACAAUGGCAACGGAUACAUGCCAUGCUCGGAAAGGAGGAAGAACUAUGGGUCAGAUUUGUCAAUAAUAUUGCUGGGGUGUUACACAACUCUUGAGAACAUUUAUUAUUAGGACAAACUGUUAUAAACAGAAUGAAGCUCUAGAUCACAACAGGACUGUUUUACAUGUAUUCCAUUUCUAGAAGACUCAAUCUGUCAUACUCUCUGUGAUGAGAAUACUCCAUAGAAGACUUGAAGGAAACCCGUUACUAGUGGUUUUGGCAGCAUGACACACUGACAGGAUGACUACACACAUGGAUGACUGUCUUAGGAAUGAUAAUCAUAAGCAUUAUUCUGUCUUCCUAAUAGCACCAUCAUAAACUCAUAACUGCCAUUAAUAACAAUGCUGACUUGUUUCCACACUUUUAAUGGAUUUUUAUGGCUCUAUGUAAAUAAAGUUUAAUCCCUGUAUAGUGAAGUUAAGCAACCUUCAUAUAUAAUAUGUGCAAAAAAUAGGAAAAUUUAAGCUUUCGCACUCACCAUGAGAUGAAGCCUUUACAAUUCACCGGCAACCGGCAUGGAAAAGAGAAAAAAAUGCACAGCCGAGGCUAUGCGGACAAGGGGCAACAAGCCUUGUUUCCCGGUCUUCCCGCUUCCUCUGGCCUCCUUUCUUCAUAUAUAAUAUAUUUCUGCUAGCUGAUGCGUGGAAACAUCCUUGAUUACAUCCAAUGUUUAAAAAGCAGUCCUGAUCAUAUUUAAAGAGCUGUCUGGUGAAAAUGAUCCUAUCACCUAUCCACAGGGCAUAAGUAUCUGAUGGCGGGGAAGUCCGGAAGAUGGGACCCCCGCGAUCUCUGGAACGGGACCCCAGCUCUCACUUAGAGUGCCUGCUGUAGAGGGCACAUGCUCUAUUCAUUUGUAUAGGAGCGCCAGAGAUGCUUAAGUCCAGCACACGAAAUGGUGAGAAGAAAUGUAAAUUAUAUAAUGACGUCUCCUCGCUCCCCCCCCCCC